CAGAUUGUUUUUAAGCAAUAGAUCCAGGCUUCUGCAGAGUCACCAGCGGACCAGCAGAGAUGGCGACGCUGAUGGAAAAUGAGGUAUUCAUGGCUUUCACCACCUAUGCUGCUAUCGUCAUUCUGAAGAUGAUGCUGAUGGGGCCCAUGACUGCAUACUACCGCCUCACCAGAGGGGCUUUCUCUAACGAGGAGGAUGUGGGGAGAAAGUCUGAAGAGGAGAAGAAGAAGCUGCUGAGAACCGAUCCAGACGUAGAGCGCGUUCGAAGGUGUCACCAGAAUGACCUGGAGAACAUAAUUCCCUUUGUGGUGGUCGGCCUUCUCUACGCUCUGACUGAACCCGAGCUUUCAGCCGCUCUGCUUCACUUCCGCCUCUUUACCGGCUCGCGGAUCUUCCACACCCUGGCCUACGUCGCCGCUCUGCCUCAGCCCAGCCGGGGUCUCUCCUGGAUACUGGGCAUGCUGGUCACCUUCUCCAUGGCCUACAGGGUUCUCAGCACAGUUCUCUUCCUCUAGAGUUGAUUCCGACAUGAAACCCGAAUCUGUUUUUUCACCUCACUUUUUUUUUCUUUCGAGCUUCAUUAUGAACCUUUCUUUGCAUUUAUUCUUUGCAUUCCAUUUGACUUGC